GCUAAAAAGUCUGCUAAGAAGAAGCUUGAGAGGCCACAUGCCACGGAACUCUCCAAAAAUAUGGGCUUUUGCAGAACUGAUGUUCAAGAAGAUGACUUAUUUCCAGUUCUCAACUUGAGAGACAGGUGCCUAUUUAUCACAGGUUUAUAAACCAAUUAUCUUGAAAGUGAGAAACACAGAAUUUGAGACCACGUGAUACAUAAUUUUACAAAGUCUGCAAAGUCAGCAAUUCCAAUCCUACACUGUGGCUCAUUUUGACUUCACAGAACAAAAAUUUGAGGCAUUUCUUGCACAUUUAUACUCUCAAAUUUCUGCAGUGAUGCCAGCUGAUAUCAUGAUAAUAUUGUUAUCUGCUUGAAUGUCUUUGAUCUGUCAAGAAACGGUGAGAUAAAAUUGAUAUGUAUUUUUGAGUGACACCACCUUGAAAUUCCAACCUUAGCAACCUACAAACACUGAGAUGUUAGUGAGGAUUCAAGUUAUUGGGAGUCAACUGUACGUAAUUUAAUUUUGCAAUAUGCAUGGAAUAUUCUUAAGCCUUGACAAAGUUAAUUGUUCACAUUCUAAUAUAUGAUUAUAAAUUACAAUAUCAAAUAACUGUAUUUCAUUUCAAAAUCAUUAACAAUACAAUGCCAACAACAUUUUUUUUGAACUCAUUUUAGAAUGUUAAUUCUGGUGUACCACAGACGAGAACGUCUGGAGCUGACAAUGCCCCAUACAACAAAUGUGAUUGAUUUGAAGCUGAAAAUCCAGAGUUUAACUCAGAUUUUACCACGAAACCAAAAACUAUUCUUUAGAGGCACACAGGUUAGUAUGAAGGGGGCAUUUUGAGGCAACAAUUUUAAAACAAUAACAUUAGGAUGUCAUCAUAUAUCACAUACAGUUAUGAUUCAGUUGAAUAGGGGAUCAAAAGUCAACUAGCUUAGAUUAUACCUGAACCCUCAGAUGAAAGGAAACUACUAUGUUUGGGCUGGAAUGCUUUUUCAAUAUGCAUAUUUGAUGGCUAUAGAAAGGUUCCCAGCCAUUUUUUAUUUCAUUAGCCAAAGCAUUAUCAUUUUACAUAAGGUUUGUGAAGGUAGAUGACAUGUUUGUUUGUUUGUUUUUCUUUUUAACAGCUACUUGAUAAACAGAUUCUGAAAGAGUUUAAGCAAGAUGUUGUGUCACUCUCUCUUGUAGCUGGUCCAAUCAAAGGAGGAGGUCUGAUUCUUUUAUAAAUUGAUUAUUGAUACAUUUUCAGCGAUAAUAUAAGAUCCCAAUGUGCUUAUUUUAAGUUAACGUUGGCUACACUGUAAGCAGUGCGAACUAGUGUCUCCAUUUCUAUUAUUUCAGUUUACAGAUAAAAAGUGUUCAUCAAAUAAACUCUAGGCACUGUCGAGGGGUCACUGGUGUCAUUUGAAAUUUAUCCAUGUUAAUUUCCUUCAUUUCUAUAUUAAGGGAAGCACUCUACCAAACCAGUGUAAAUCAAGUGCUAAUAAUUUUUCUCAGAUCUUACACUUUACACCUAUUAAUUUUAUCCCUGUGACAUUGAAUCAGAAGUAGAUGUUUCUGAUGGAAUUUAAAUCAAAACUUGAAUGUUGUCAUUUGUCUUGAACCUCAAAUUCAAGUAAAAAUUGAGAACAUAGGCUUCAAAAUAAAAACCUUUGUUGUCUUAAAUUGACCAAAGAUCAAUUAAACUUCAUUGAUAUCCCUUAAAUAAAUUUAUUUCAUACCUUGUUUAAUAGAUCCAUUGUUGAUUAAUAAAUUAAUAUUUAACAAAUAAUACACUGUUACAAAUCAACAGGAAAAUGUUCGCUACCACCAGCUAAAGAAAUAGAGGAAUGGUUUAUAAGUUCCUACCAGAAGUCAAUAGGUAACACUGUCACCAAAGAGGCCAUAUUCAAUAGUGCCUGCGAACAUUUCAAAGGUUAUGCCAGCAAGGAGGCCUUGCAUCGUUUCAUUUUUGAAAUUCUAGGCAGAAACAUAUUCGACGUGCAUAAGGACUUCAGGGGUAUAAGAAUGAAAAAGGGAAGAAAAACCAUUCACCACCUGAGACCUAAAAUAACUACGGUGGUCCCAGGAGAGCGUGUAAAUACCACUGGUCUUGAGGGAACACCAGAAAAUGUAAAAAUUGACUCUACAGGCCUGGCACAAACACAAAAAAAAGGUGAUAAUGAAGGUGAAUCAGGCGAUGUGGACACCGGAUGCUUGGAAGGACCACAUGAAGAUAAGGACACUGCUGGCCUGGAAGGACCACCAUGUGAUGUGGAUAUCACAGGCCCUGAAGGACCACCAGGUGAUGUGGACACCACAAGCUCGGAAGGACCACCAGGUGAUGUGAAAAUCACAGGCAAGGCAGGAAUAUCAGAUGAAGUGAACAUUGAAGGGAUACCAGAUGAUGUGGACACCACAUGCACUGAAGGACCACAAGGUGAUGUGGACACCCCAGCGGUUGAAGGGACAUCACAUUACGUGGACACCACAGGCACUGAACGACCACAAGGUGAUGUGGACACCCCAGCUGUUGAAGGUACAGUAGACAAUGGGGACACCAAAGGCACUGAAGGACCACAAAGUGAUGUGGACACCUCAGCCAUUAGAGGGACAAUAGACUAUAUGGACACCACAGGCACUGAAGGACCACAAAGUGAUGUGGACACCUCAGCCAUGGAAGGGACAAUAGACAAUAUGGACACCACAGGCACUGAAGGACCACAAAGUGAUGUGGACACCUCAGCCAUGGAAGGGACAAUAGACAAUAUGGACACCACAGGCACUGAAGGACCACAAAGUGAUGUGGACACCUCAGCCAUGGAAGGGACAAUAGACGAUAUGGACACCACAGGCACUGAAGGACCACAAGGUGACGGGGAUACCUCAGCCAUUGAAGGGACAUUAGACGAUGUGGCCACCACAGGCACUGAAGGACCACAAGGUGAUGUGAACACCUCAGCUGCUGAAGGGACAACAGAUGAUGUGGACACCACAGGCCUGGAAAAAACACCUUGGAAAAAAGAUGUGGACAUGACAGGCCUGGAAACAACAGCAACAAGUAAUAGUGUGGAGACAACAGGCCUGGAUGAAGGUGAUGUGGACACUACAGGCCUGGAAAGAAAACCAGGAAAUGAAGAUUUGUUCCACACAGGUUUGGAAGAACCACUACAAAAAAGUGAGACGGCAACCUUUGCUCCCCUUGACCAGGAUGGAUUGCCAGAUCUGUGGGAAAUGCCAGACUGGGAUGAUACAGGCAUAAGUACAAAACCACUAGUUUUUGAGCAAAAAUCCUUUCUUUCAAAAAGCUGGAGUAACACUAAGAUAAAAGAAAUAAAGCCAAAAGAUCUCAACUGCUCAAGCUUUGAACAACUGUUGGCAGAAAAAAUCCCUUGUCCAUCAAUGCGCAUGAAUAACAGUGAAAGAAUUCGAAUUUAUCAGGAAUCAUCUCAGUGUAGCAACAACAUUGACAAUACUUUUCGAGCAUUCCUUUGUUAUGCCUUCCCCCCGCUUGAAAUUUCUACAAAAGUGGCUAAAGAAUUCAGGGACUUAACAUACGAGUCUGACCGAUUCCCACAGUAUACAUGCAUAUGUCUGUCAAGGUUACGAAAUAAGAUCAGGGUGUCAAUCCGUUGUGAAAUUUGCAAACUCUAUGAAGAGAGCUGUCUGCGAAGAGGACAAUUUAUCAAGUUAGGAAAAUCUACGCAAAAGGAGUUUGAUGGAAUAUCACAGGUGGUGGCUCACCACCAAUCCAGAGUCCAUCAGUCUGCUGCCAUGUACCUCUCAGGCUCAAAAGAGCUGGAUGAGGAUGUAAGUAGCAAUAGAGGUGUAGUAGGAGAUGCUAAGCCAUUGCCU